AUAUUUCCCGUGAUCAUCAUAAUUUUAUUUAUCAUUUAUGCACAAAUUAUUAAACUUUAAUUCACAAACAAUCUCAAAUCAAUAAGUAACACCAAUGAAUGAUUGGAGUACUUCAACUAAACUGUUGCAAUGAUUCAUACCGUUGAUUUUGUCCAUUUAUGGUAUGAUUUUGAAAGUAACUCAAUGUAAUUUCGUUAUUGCUGCAAUCAACACAGCAGAUGUUCAUAAGCUUUCAUAUUGGUAGCACAUCAGCUCAAUACUUUUCUUAAUAUGUAUCUUUAUGAACCCCCAAGUAAACUAACUUUGACUUCGGUUGAAGAAUUCCAAGAGGCCUUCCAACUAUUUGACAAUCGUGGAGAUGGUAAAAUUCAUGUUAGUCAAAUUGGAGAUGCCUUGAGGGCACUAGGACAAAAUCCAACUGAAUCAGAUGUGAAAAAAUUCACACAUCAACAUAAACCUGAUGAAAGAGUGUCAUUUGAAGUUUUUCUUCCUAUUUAUCAACAAAUUUCAAAAUCCAGGAGUGCAGAGACAGCCGAUGAUUUCAUUGAAGGUCUCAGACAUUUCGAUAAAGAUGGUAAUGGUUACAUAAGUUCUGCUGAAUUGAGGCAUCUUCUCACUACUCUUGGAGAAAAGCUCACAGAUGAUGAGGUAGAACAGUUACUGCAGGGCCAGGAGGAUUCUCAAGGCAAUGUGAAUUAUGAAGAGUUUGUUAAACUGGUUAUGUCUGGUUGAAGCUUUUGGAAGCUUUAUAAUGAAUAACACCAUUCGACAAAACUGCAUUUAUUAGGCUAAAAAUGAAUGUUGGUUAAUUUUAAGUUUACUUUGAAUUCUAUAUGUUCAUUCAAUAUUAUUUAUAUCGUUAGUGCCUUCAUUCCAAUUUCUAUGUAUUUUGAAUUUUUAUAAAAUUAUUGCCAUUUAUUAUGUUUGGAAGUCAGUAAUUGACACAUUUAUUUAUUUUUAUCUUAUGAGAAUAAGGUUGUAUAAAGUUCUUCAAUUGGAA